AUGCUAAUGGUCGUCAUCUUCAAAGCCGCGCGACCUCGGGUCCACCGGAUGGUAAACAUCAAACACCACCAAAGUCAGCCUAUACACAAACACCGGCACACAAACAACGCUCUACAGCUACUUGGGGAGAGGGAGGAAAAUGCAGAGCACCUACGGAGGAAGGCCGCCCGUGUUUUCUUCCCCCGACCCCAAACAAUAGGCACUGGAUGCUCCGGAGGAGUGCUCUCCGCAGAGAGGCGUCGGGCUGCGGGCGCCCCUCCUCCACAGCCACCGCGGGGCCCCUUCUUCCCCUCCCUCACCCCUCCCAGCUCAAACAAAUUAGCACUCGUACCGAGGUGCCUCCUAUCAGCUCGCAGCGUCUUCCCAAACACGCCCACGCACCCUGAAACCCGCCUGCGUCUCCACCGCACACGGCGGCAGGAAAAGCGCUUCAAGGGGGGCGGGGAGCCGCGGCGGCGCACGGGUCCCGGCUCCCCUCCAGGCCGGCUCCCCAUCACCUUCCGAGCCCGCCGGAGCCCACGCUGCAAAGGCAUCCCGGACGCCGCGGGCGGAUGGCGCGGCGCGGCGCUGCAGGAGGGCCCCCUCCGGGUGGGCGCGCGGCCUCGGCGGCACCGCUCACCCGUUCGGCCCCGCAACAGGUCAGCCGCCCCGGCUCGCUGCGGGGGUGCAGGCGCCGGGCCCCGGAGGGGGUGUGGCCGGCGCGGCGGGGGCCCGGCCCCGGCUCACCUGGCAGGCUGCUGCGGCGACGCCGGGGCCUCCGCCGCCGCGGGACCGCGAGCGACCCGCAGCCCGCCUUCCCCCUCCCGUCCGUCCCUCCCUCCCUCUUCCCGCGCCGCGCAGCGCGGCCGCCGCCAUUGCCCGCACGGCCGCCCCGCCACGCCGAACCUGGGCCGCCGGGGCCGUCGCCUCCGCGUCGCCCGCGGCUCCGAGGCAGCGCUCGCCCGGCCGAGCAGUCGGCGUCUCUCAUUCAGCGCCCGCCGCCGGCGCUCGGGGGGAGGGCAGUGCGCCGGAUCCACCCCGGCCGCGCAGGGGGGCGCGCGCCGGGCGGGCGGGCGGGGCGGAGCGGCGCGCGCACUAACCGAGCGCGCUCGCGCGGCCGGGAGCGCCGGGUCGCCGGGGGCUCGGCGCGCCCUGCGGACGUCGGGCUGCGGACGCCCGGCUCCAACCGCCGCCCCUACCGGCGGCCUCGGCGCGCGCCCCGGGACGGGCAGGUGGGGGCCCCGCGGCCGCCCGCGCGCGGGGGCUCGUUGGCGCCUGCGGCCGCCGCUCACCUUGCAGGGCGGAGAACAAAAGUGUGGAGGGGCUUGGCGCUCGGAUCACAUACCCGGCCCGCGCGGUGUGCGUCCCCGGGAGUCGUGGCGGAACGAGGGAAGGGGCCGCGAAGGAGGAGAGUCUCCCCACGCACAGCCCUGGGAUCGCAAAGGAUGGAGUCGGUGCGCUCGCCCAUUAACGUGCCGGAAGUGCUGGGAAUUUGAGCAUCUUAAGGACCUUCUGAGAGGGGACUCAUACAGCAUUGCGUUCGUUCUGCUGUGCCUCGCGUAAUGUCUCCAAAAUGCAGCUGUAGCUUGAACGAAGUGAAAUCUGGCGCGUGUGACCUCAGCUCCUGGAAGGUGGAAGCAGGAGGACUGAACGCUGGUUUGAAGUCAGCCCGGACUUAAAAAAAUAAGACCCCGUCUCAAGCAACAAAACAAAGCAAAUGAGCAAACGACACAAAACCACCCAGCAAUGAAAAUAAAGCCAGAGAGCCAGGCGGUGGUAGCAUGCCUUUAAUCCCAGCACUCUGGAGGCAGAGGCCAGCCUGGUCUACAGAGAGAGUUCCAGGAUAGCCAGCCCGACACAGAGAAACCAUGUCUUGGAAACAGAACAAAACAGAACCAACCAACCAAACCAAACAAGCCAGAGAAGGGAUAGCAGUACAGAGUAACUUAAUUGUACCAAUGUCAUAGAGCAAUACUGUUGCAAAGGGCUUCACCUCUUAGUGACUAGGUGGAGUCAUUAUUGUGGGGGUUCUGGACCUCAGAAUAGGAGACCAGAGAGUCAACAUUUUCCUUAUCUGAAAGAAACAGACCGUGAAGGACAAAUGUCUUCUGGGUUUACUUUCUUCAUAUGUGAUAGCGUGAUACUUCCUUCACGGUGUGGUGUCUCCUUCAGAUGGGAGGACUCACUCAGUGACAAUAUGAAAGGCACACAGCACAGGGCUGGGUACCAGUGACGCAAGCAAUUCUCUCUCCAAAUGGGGAGGGGCACCCUGGGGCCAGGAAGAGGGCAGCGAAAGAAAAGUGUUCCUACCUCCUGGUGGUGACGCCGUGGCGUGUGAGCUGGUAGGAGGCACGCUGGGAGGAUGGUUUUGCCAGGCACGGAAAAUGAGCCAGUUACAGUAAGGCUAGGGGCUGGAGCGAUGCUUUUCUAACCUGUAGCUUUGGUGCAGCAUGAUGAGCUGCUGCUUGCAUCCUGGAAGGGAGGUGGAAGUCAGGCAACUGUUAACAGGCUUCGCCAUCCAAUUACUCACUGAUCUUAAUAGAAAAAAAAAAAUGAGAAGAUCCUCUGGGUUUUGCUGUACAUAUCUAGGUCAUUUCAGCAUUUUCACUCAGUCAGUCAAUUCUGCACCACAGACACAAACCCACAACAUCUGCAAGAAAUGGGAUUUCUCAAAAGUCACAUGCAUCUUUAGAGCAAGGCUGCCAAGUACAGAAAUCUUACUUCUUAAAGCAGGCAUGGCUUUUGAGGCAGCCACACCAAAAACCAUGGAGGUGAUUAAUUUGAGAUUCUACUGUGAUUAUUUUUUGAGGAUUAAAACCCCACAUUCUCCCCAAAAUAUUUCUAAUAUGUACCCCAUUCUCUUGUGUUCAUAGGGGAAACAAACAAACAA